UUGCACCGAACCCUUUCGCGCACCGCCGGCCUAAAGCAAACACACGAAACAAACGCAAAAGAGAAAUCACUCCACAAAGUCACAUGCUUUUGCCCAUAAAUGAUGCAACGCCGUUCCCGCCUCCUCGUGCGCAGGGAGGGGGAAUUUUUCUGAAAUUCAACGCGCUUUUUUUUUGUCGCCACGACGAGGUUACUCCGCAUCGCGCUAUGCUCGCUAUGCUAAGCAGGCCGGGCGCAGACGUCGCUCGUCCCACCCGGCUCGGCUCGGCUUGACCCACUUCAGCACACUUCAUGUUUUUUCCACUGCCACGUUCAGCCCGUGUUGGAUUAAAAGUCGGCCAACGACGUGCAAAUCUUCUUGCAACCACAACAUGCUCCUUCCCCGCCUCCCCGCCCUCCUCACCUCACAGACUCCAACCCUCACCUCCACUCCUCCACUCCUCUUGUACCCCCAUGAAUGUGUCUCUCUUUCUCGCUCUCACCACUCUCUCACUCACUUUGUCUGUCUCUUUCGCUGCUCGGCGCACAGGAACGACCAAAACUAAAUAGCCUGACUUGUUGUGCAUGUGUAGACCGGCGAGGCCGCCGCGGCCCCGGCAGGGCUGUCACCCGGGCAGUCACCCGGGCCACCCGGGCCCCCACCAAGCCUCCACCCCGGCGUGAGCCCAGCCCCAGGCCCCCGCGGCCCCCGCGAGGGCGCCCGACACACUCCCGGUCCAGCCAAGCGCUGACUGUUGCGUUGCAGGAGAAGAGGCCGUCGUAAUGGCGGCCACGGCCCCGGCCACAGCCGCCUCGGCCACGCAGCCGGCCACCACAACCACCGUCGUCAUCCCCGCCACCCCGUCCUCGUCGGCGGCCUCCCCUGCACAGCGCACCACUACAGAGUUGCAGGCGGAGUGUCUAGGCGGUCUGUUCGGCCCAGGCUCGCCGCUGGGCACCCCGCGCAUCGACAUCAGCAGGGCGUCCUCAUCCAGCCAGCAGGACGACUCGAGCCCGGAGAGGGAGCUCACGGCCGGUGAGUUAGGACCUGGGACUGGGCGCCGACAGGCCCCGGGGAGAGAGAGAGCAAAGAGAGUAUCUCUUCCUCCCUUUUCCUUGCUCUCUGUCUCCGUUUCUUUCUCUCUUUCUUUCUGUGUCUGCCUCGCCGGGCCUCCUCUCCUCUCUGCUGCGCUCUGUUCGUUUUUGUUGUCGAAGCGCCAGGGGUUUGCUGUCGGUAGGCAAACCCGCGAGACUCGCACGUCGUGCGGUCGCCUGCGGGCACGGCGCUCCACACAGCAACCCCCGGUGCAACUCUCUCUUCUUUUGUUUUUCUUGCUUUCUCUACUCUUCUUUGUCGUCUCUCCAUUCUCUUCUGCGCUCUAUGUUGUUUAUCACUCCGCACUGCUUCACACUAUCGCCAUUCUUCGCACUCGACGCACACAACUCUCUUCUGAAACCUCUCCUUCUCUUCCUCUUCGCCUGUCCUCUUUGUAUAUAUUUAUUAGUGCAAAAUACUAUUUAAGAACAACAAGUAAAAUAUGUGGCCAUACUCAUGCAAGUUUUGUUUCAAGUAUCGCCUGCGUGUUCAAGAAGUGUUCCACCUGGAUCCUCCCACAGGUUACACCCCAUCCUUUUGCUCCGCGCCCAGUUCCAAUUACGGCUCGUUUGUGCCGAGAGGGGGCACCGCCUACCCUUUUUCUCUUAUUAGCGAUGGCCUCCCGUCGUGUUGUUGUGGUUGCCGAUGCCUCUGGGCCUCUCCCCUCCGCGCCCACGCCCCACCCUUCCAGACAGGUGGUUACUCAGCUGAACGGUUGCCCCGCUGCCGCCGGUGAUGCUCCAUAG